UUUGAAUGAUAAGGUUUACUGUUUGUGGGGUUUUUCUCGAUGGUUAACUUUUUUUAUUUGUCCUGACGGUGGUCAGUACUUUACUCUGCGGUGUUUGACUGGAAAGUUUAAAAAUAAUAUAUUUUUCUUUGUUGAGGAGGUAAUGCUGGAAAUUGUAUAAACCAGAAAUUUAGUUCCGUUUAUAAAAAUACUAUUUGGGGCCCAUGCUCUUUAAUGAAUUAAAUAGAUCUCAGAUGAUUCUUUCUUUCUUGUGAUGGGGGUGCAAUCUUUGUUUUCUUGCGUGAUUGACAUGUUUAGCUCAUGAUCUAAGUGGCAGAUAAAAUGGCCUGUUUGGUUUGAUAUGAUUUUGUUCAAUUUAGAUACUGAAAUGGUAAAGAUCUUGCAUUGAUUAUGGUUUUAAGCCUAGCGUGUUCUCAGUUAAGAUUCAUUUGCAAAUCAAGCUUACUUUAGCAAAAAGAUUUCAACUUUCCACUUUUAAUUAUGAAUGUGGAUUUAAAUUAAACUCCUUUGCUUGGAAUCGUUUCUGUGAAUGUUCUUCUGAGACUGGAGACGGAGAAGAAAAAGAUAAUAUAUGGAGGGCGGCGCAGGAAGAGGUUUGGAAUGCCAGAAGACUAUGGAUGGGAAGGCGAGUAACGGGAAUGGUUCAGAGAAGGCCAUCCCUUCUUGUUGCUUGAAGGCUAGGGCUUCUGCCCCUGAGGCCGAGGCAAAAUGUCAUUCUACUGUUGUUUCUGGGUGGUUCUCAGAAUCCCAGUCUCGCUCUGAGAAGGCUAGUAAGAAGGUUUAUUUCAACAACCCAAUGUGGCCUGGUGAAGCUCAUUCACUGAAAGUAGAGAAGAUUCUGUACAAGGGAAAAUCAGAGUUCCAAGAGAUUUUGGUUUUUGAGUCCUCAACUUAUGGAAAAGUGCUUGUUCUUGAUGGCAUUAUCCAGCUGAGUGAGAAAGAUGAAUGUGCAUACCAGGAGAUGAUAGCUCUUCUACCUCUUUGUUCAAUUCCUUCCCCCAAGACAGUUCUGGUUGUUGGUGGUGGUGAUGGUGGGGUUCUUAGGGAGGUUUCUCGCCAUCCUUCUGUUGAGCAUAUUGACAUAUGUGAGAUAGAUAAGAUGGUUGUAGAUGUGUCUAAGAAGUUUUUCCCUCAGUUAGCUGUUGGAUUUCAGGACCCACGUGUCCACCUUCAUAUUGGUGAUGCUACUGAAUUCCUGAGGCAUGCGCCUAAAGGGAAGUAUGAUGCUGUAAUUGUUGAUUCAUCAGACCCUGUAGGUCCUGCUCAAGAGCUUGUAGAGAAACCAUUUUUUGAGACAAUAGCUAGAGCAUUAAGGCCUGGUGGUGUUCUCUGUAACAUGGCGGAGAGUAUGUGGCUCCAUACGCAUCUUAUUCAAGAUAUGAUCUCUGUUUGUCGUGAAACAUUCAAGGGAUCUGUCAAUUAUGCAUGGGCGAGUGUUCCUACGUAUCCAAGUGGUGUGAUAGGCUUUCUGUUGUGCUCAACGGAGGGGCCUCCUGUUGAUUUCAAAAAUCCAGUCAAUUCCAUUGAGAAGUUAGAAGGAGCUCUCAAACAUAAGAGAGAGCUUAGGUUCUAUAACUCCGAGAUGCACUCAGCUGCCUUUGCCUUGCCUCCUUUCUUGAGGAGGGAGGUGAGCGCUCUGUGCCAUUCUUCAACCUCAACCUUGCCAAGAUGAAUCGGCUGAGGAGUAGUUAUUAGUAGCAGCACCCGUUGCUUCAUUUGCCUGAUAGUCAAAGUGAGUAGUAGCACAUGGAAGAAAUAGAAGAUAGGUUAAUUAUUACUUUUUUAUUUUUAAGUGUAGAUGAGAUGGGGGUUCAUGAACUCUCUGCCUCGAGAGGAGCAUUUGGUCGGAUUUCAACGUCCUCCAAUAAUUAUUUGUGGAUGACCUUAUAUGAAUAUCCCUUUGACAGUAUGUGUUAUUGUUAAUCUGCUCAGGUGGUGAUGGAAUAAUUAUGAAUCAGUCGUUAAGUUAUUGAUUUAUCAUA